GAGGACUACAUCAGCUGAGAAUUACAAGCUAUACUAAAAGCUAUCAGUUUUCGAAAGUUUAAGGCCAUUGCCCCAUGUCCUAACUACGCGGGUGCCUUCCUAUCUCCUCUGGCCUCAGUAUGUCGCAAGACACACAAGGUGAACGGCGUAUCGUAUCGCACUGUUACCAUGAACGUUCUUGGCCCUGUUUUCGUUGUUCUCCUCUUUGGAGCCACAACAGCCGAGGAGAAACUUGGAGAACUUCAGGAAAAUGUGCAGAACUCCACAACGCCAUCCGCAGUCACAAUAGAAGAUGGGAAUUUCGGUGUCUUUAACGAGUUCGUUAAUGGCUUAAGUCACCUCUAUUCUGCUCUUGAUAAUCCUAACUCCAGCUGGACAACGGCAUCUAAUAUUCCUCAGUCAGCCGAAAACAUAUCCACUCCUAUACCAGGGGAAGUUCAAAGUGAAGCUGUUCCUCAGAAUCGGAGUAUUGGCAUAGAGAACCUGUUCAGCCUGGUUGUUCGUAUUAAAGCCUUAAGUGAUGAUUUCAGGAAAUCCUACACAGACAAAAUGGAGAACACGACUUCCACUGCGACAGAAAACCAUCCAAGCCAAGUGCCAUCGUCGACGCUAACGCCUUCGGCAUCCCCACGACCAGAUUUCAAUCCUUUCAUAGCUGCCGUGAACGACCUGUCGCAGACGUACGAUCAGUAUAUCAAUGCCAGUCAUGACCGCAUAUUGGCCUCACCUACAGCUGCGCCUGUCACCGCUCAGGACGGUCUGCAGUCCGCCAUAUCAGCACUGGAAGACCUUCUGGCAGCACACCAAAAAUACCACAACGCCUCGAUCAACAACCCGAAUGCGUCCGUGGCUCCAGUCCUUAAUUCUGAGGACAAUAUCACGGGCCUCCUGAAGAUCAUUGAAGAGCUGGGGCAACUGGCUGCCUUCCCUGACCCUCACUUGACCAGCCGUGCCACUACAGUCGCAUUACCCUCGACAACCACCGUGACGACAGAUGCACCCACCUCACCGGCCACUUGCGAACCGCCCCUUCAGGAGAUCGCCUACCGGAUGUGUAUCUUGGUGGUGAAGGACAAGAGGCUCAACUGGUACGACGCUGGAGCUUACUGCCGGGCUCGCGGAGGACAGUUAGCGCAGGACUCGGUGGUGAUCAAGACUCGGCGAUACCUGAACGAGCUCUAUGGAGAGGAAGGCCUACGUGUACGCUGGCCAUUCUGGGUGGGUGGACAUGAAGUGACCGAGGAAGGUGCAUGGCGAUGGCAGUGGACGGAUGGCGGCCUCGUCUCCUCCUUCCUGUGGAGUCACAAACAACCUCGGUAUUAUUCGAGCAACGUAACUCCAAGGGGAUCGUGCAUGAUACUAGACGGGUUCCAGGCCUUCUAUGGGGGUUCUCUGCCGUGUCACCUGCGCAGAAGAUUCGUGUGCCAGAUGUGGAAGUGAAGACCCGAGUUUGUGAUAGUUGAAGAUGUAAGUGGGUUAUGUGGGGGAUACAAGCCUAUAAGUGAACGGAGUGUGCGGGAAACAGAUAAAUUCAACUCUUUGUGGUUAUAUUUUCAAGAACUCUUAACUAUUGUAAUCCUGCAGUUUGUAAAAGUCCUUAGUUAAUAUAGAGAUAUAUAUAUAUA